CAAAUGUCAAUGCAAGUUUGAAAGAACGUCACAAUCCAGUCAGCCUGCAACAAAUCCACCUUCAUUUGGACCGUCAUUUGGACCUUCAUUUGGACCUUUUGGAGCGGCUCCGUUUAAUCCAUUUUCAUUCGGUCAGUCUUCAUCUCCACAUGGACCUUUUGGGACGGCACAGUUUAAUCCAUUUGCAUACACUCCUCAAGGCGGACCUUUUGGGGCACCUCCCGUAACGACACCGUAUAAUAAAUAUGGCUACAAUAAUUAUAAUAACUAUCUUAAUGAGUUUGUUAAUUUGAAAAUACUAUAUAUUGAAGGGAUUGAGCAAAACGACCAACUACAAAAGUUAACUAAGUUAAAGGUGGAUAAAUGUAUUCAGUUAACUGACAUUACGAUUUAUAAUACAACUCUUGGUUUUAUAAGUUUAGGUAGUAAACCAAACUUGAAACACGCUAAUUUCACUGGUAAUAAGCAACUUAGUUUUUGUGAUAGUGUAUUAAAUACUCAAGGUGACAAAGUAUUAAACAAUCAAGGUGCAUUGAACAAUCAAGGCGAUAAUGUAUUAAACAGUCAAGUAGAAAUAUUAAAAAAACAAGUAGAAAAAUUAACCAGUUUGCUCCAAUCUACUAAAGCUACUAAUCCUAGCAAUUUAAAAUCGGAACUUAAGAAAAUAGGAGAAGAAAACUUUGAAUACCAGCUAAAGUUUAUUAAAAGCCGUUUGAAUGAUGAUUAUAAGUUUUGGUUGGAAAGUUUAGUAGAAGCACAUCAAGAAGUUUUAAAGG